ACGCCUCUCCAGAGAAGUAUUUUCAUUGUGCAUAAUAACGUAGCUGUGACUGCGCGUGUUUAGCGCGGACCUUUAUUUUGACAUCUUGAAAACAGGAAGUGCCUGGAUGCGUGACUGUCAAGCUGUAGGACAUGGGGGUUAAAAUAGAGGUUUUUAGGAUGAUGGUGUAUCUGUCGUUUCCAGUGGCGAUGUUUUGGAUAUCAAACCAAGCAGAGUAUUUUGAGGAAUACAUCGUGAAGCGAAAGAGGGAGAUUUUCCCACCUGAUGAGAAAAUGCAUAGGCAAGAACUGGAGGAUUUCAAAGAGCGCAUGAGAAACCGGAAAGAGCAGAAGAUGCUGAAACAGAUGGCCAUGGAGUCUGAGGAAUGACUAUAAAACAACAUAAAACAACAAAACUAUUGCUCAUAAUAUAACUUUGGGAACAAGCGCUCAUGUGUGACAUGGGAAGACUGUAAUGCUUCUCCCUAAAACUUUAAUGUGAAUAUUGUUUCUGGACAUAGUUUAAUAAACAGGUGGGGAAAAUGUAUAUUUUUUUGUAAAUAUAUAAGUCUUUAAACAGUUACAAUUGAGUGGUUUGACUUUAUUGUGUCUUCUUAAUGAAUAAAUAAGAACACUGCUUUUUGUUUUUGCUGUUGAUUUAUUUUUUUCCAAUUUGAAAAUAAAUAAAAAGGAAUUUCUUUUUUAA